AGUUCAUCGUAUCUACCUUUUUAAAGAAUCAAACCGCUUUUCAAUUUUGAUAAUUAAUGUCAGAGAAGCCUCUCAGUGGACGGAUUCCGGUUAAACGGAGCAUCAAACCUCCACAUCCUCCUUCGUCUACUCACAAACUUCGCCGGCGAGUAGUAGUUCGUCGAUCGUCAAAGAAGCCAUUGAAAUCCGUUAACAGAUGCAACUCGGAGCCUGCUUUGCUGACCGGCGUUCUCUCCAAUGAUUUUCGUGAAUCGACGGAGGAUCACGGCGGACUGAUUUUACAACGUCGGGCUCGUGCAGACGUCUUCUUGUCGUCGCCGGAAUUGGUGUUGCCUUAUUCUCCGCCAAAAAUUGAGGGAUACAAUAAAGAAGCGAAGGUAGUGGUGAAUGUAACAGUUGAAGGAAGCUCAGGACCAAUUCUAGCAAUGGUGAAAUUGGGUUCAAGUGUGGAGGAAACAAUGAAGAUGGUGAAGAAACAGUAUGAUUCAGAAGGCAGAAGCCCUCAAAUUGAUCAACACUCCAUUUCAAGCUUUGAACUUCACCCUUCUCAUUUCAGUCUUAAAAGUUUAGAUAAGUCAGAGAUGAUUGGAGAUAUUGGUAGCAGGAGUUUUUACAUGCGUAAAUGUAAGGAAGACAACUCCUUCACAGGAUCAGAGAUUAUUGUAACAAUGGAGAACAAUUCUUCAACUCCAACUCCUAUCAUCGUCUUUCCCAAUUUUAUUUCUCAAAAUUUCAAGAAAGUUAUAAGAUUGUCGAGCAAGGUUUGGAAGAUCUUGGGUUGUAUUGAUGGGUGAUUUUUUUAACUAUAAUAAGCUUAGAUCCUUUGUAAGUAGAAUAUUAUGACCCUCUAUAAACAUUGUUAAAAGAAAAAAAAAAUGGAUUGGGACGCUGAUGAAAUUAAUAAUGUAACAUCUUGAUGUGUAAAGAAUAGAGAAUGG